CUUAUUUUGUUAUACUAUGACCGAGGUUGAAAAGCGAAUUGUACCGGAAGAAGAUGUGCUAUGUCAAAGCAUUCAACAAUUGAAACUCGACCAUCCUGAAUUUGGUAUCAAAACCAUCUAUAACCAUAUUCUGAAACAGCAUCAAGAUUGGCAAGUGUCUGAAAAACGAGUCAAAAAGAUUAUGCAAAGUCAAGGAUUGACAGCCAACAACAACACGGUUGAAAUUGUGAAAAGUGGAGUACAAGAUGAUCCUUCUGUACCUGUAUCUUUUAUUGAUCCCAAACUUGAUUUCCAAUCCGUAUCAACCAAAGUCGAGGCAAAAAUGGUGGAUAAUGUGACAGGAAAGGGAUUAUUUGCGGCCAAGGAUAUUAAGAAAGAUGACAUUCUCUUUACAGAAACACCAUUAGUGUAUUUUCCACCCUGGGAAGGCUUCAACUUGGCACGAACGGGCGAUGCUUGUGGACUUUGUUGUAAACCAUUUACACGGGCGGUAAGAAUGGGAGUACGGUGUAUUCAUUGUGAUAUCAUGUACUGUAGCAAGCAAUGUAAGACCACGGCUUUGGAAACCUUUCACCCUCUGGAAUGCCCAGCAUUGAACCCAUCUAUGCGUGACUAUAUGAACUUUUGUGCGGCGGAACAAUGGCAGGCACCGAUGGCAGUGGCACGGAUGUAUUGUCACAUGAUGCUUGCUCACCAACGCGGGGAAUUGGAUACGGUAUUGAUGCACUACAAUGCGUUUGCCACCGUGAACCAGGCGGAACGACAAGCCAAGGAAACGGAAUGGAUCUUUAUGGAACACCCUACACGAGAAUUAUGGGCCAAGGCAAGAGCAAAAUUGAUCAAGGCACUUCAUCCUCCUCCCAAGAAAUGCAAAAUCAAUCUCCCUCUUCCUGACCACCUUGCUCAGCAGCUAUUCAACGAUGAAGAUACCUUUUUGAACUAUUUGGGCAAAUUCAAUAUCAAUAAUCAGAACGGUGGCAUGUAUCUCGUCCAUUCUCAUAUCAAUCACAACUGCACUCCCAACGUCUCUAUCGAUUACCCUACCAGUCAGCAAACUCAAUACAAAUUGAUGGUACGUGCCAUCCGUGAUAUCAAAAAAGGUGAACAACUGUUUGAAUCCUAUGUCAACCCUCGAUGGAACAAGGAAACCCGGCAAAACUAUCUUAGUAAAUCUUAUAUGUUUGAUUGUAAAUGUGAACGAUGUGAAACCGAUGGUCCUCUAACUGAUGAAUUAAGAAAAGGAUUACGAUUACGACAAGAAUAAAUAGGAUAGAUAUUGUAGUAUAAAUCUAUAUUAGUUUAGUUUUUUUUUUUUUUUUUGGAUC